GUCCAGCAGGUGGCAGUGAAGAACAACAGCGCGUUCAAAUACCACAACAGCGAACACAGCUUGUUGUGUUGUAGCUAGCAGCAUCCGUCAUAGUAACGAAAACACAAACUUUCCUUUACGAUGGCUGAGGUGGAGGAGACCCUGAAGAGAAUCCAGACCCAGAAAGGAGUACAAGGAAUCAUCAUUGUUAAUGCUGAAGGCAUCCCCAUCAAAAGCACCCUUGAUAACUCAAGCACAGUUCAGUAUGCUGGGCAUAUCCACCAGCUGCUCAUGAAAGCACGGAGCAUAGUGAGGGACAUUGAUCCACAGAAUGAUCUCACUUUUCUGAGGGUUCGAUCAAAGAAGAAUGAGAUCAUGAUUGCCCCAGAUAAGGACUAUUUCCUGAUUGUCAUUCAGAAUCCUUCAGACUAGUGUUGAAGUUUUAUUAUUUCUAAACAAUGGCCAAAAGUGUUUUUUGUUUUAAUUUGUUCUGAAAAAGUGGCAAUGUCAAAGUAACAAAUUUACAAUAAAGGAGUUCAGUUUACUUUAAUAGAAAAGUAUGUUGUUAUAAAUAUUCUUUUCAUACUGUUCUUGCUUAUCAUUCCAAUAAUUUACACAUUUUUUUUUAUUUAUUGUUAUCUUAUAUUUUCCCUUUUGCUAAAUAUUCAAGCUGUCCUUCAUCUGUAAUUAUAAAUAUGACAUUAUGAAUUUAAUUACCUUCUUGUGACUGUUAAAAAAGGACAUUAAAACUGCAAUGCAUUACCUUA